AUGGACUUCUCCAACUUCGCUGAGCACCAAUCCCAGUCUUUUCCGCUAUACGGCCUCCCUACUCCCGACCAUAAACCGCUGCAGAACCCUGACGAAGCUCUGCGCGACCCAUUUGCCCUGAGCAGCUUCAACCAAUAUUUCCCUGGAUACGAUUCUUCUCUCCGUAUUGACCCCUCCUCCUACGUUCCGCCACCCCAUUCACCGCCAGAUUCCUUCACCAAGCACUCCGCCGGGAGCAGCGACCAUGCAAACUAUACGAAUCAAGACCAGGCUCUAGGAGAUGGCGACGAGGUUCAUCUUCCAGAUCCUCCCGUUGCGCGGAGUAGCAGCGAGGAGAAAGACUCCUCGGUACCCGCCCAAAGCAAGCGGAAGGCGCAGAACCGGGCAGCUCAAAGGGCUUUCCGCGAGCGGAAAGAGCGCCACGUUAAAGACCUUGAGGAGAAGGUACUCUCGCUAGAGGAAGCUUCGAACAACUUGCGAGCCGACAACGAGCGCCUGAAGCGCGAACUCGCCAAGUUUGCCACCGAGAACGAGAUCCUGCGGGCUACGUCUUCGCUAAAUGCCGGGAACAAUAAUUCAGAUCGUUCAGUGCCGACGACCGUUAAUGGGCCGAUGACAUUCACGCCAACCGACUUCUACACUAAGUUAGCGGACGGCGAGGAAUGGGCGGAUAACCCGAUGCCAAACCCGACCAAGCAUCGUUUACUGUACUGCAAGAAAACGGGCGAAAGGCUUUUUGAUAUUGGCGAGACGUGGGAUUUGAUCCAGGCUGAUAAGGCGUUUAAGGAGGGCUUGGUUGAUAUUGCGGUUGUUGUGAAGAAUUUGAAGGGGAUGGCACAGUGCAGUGGACAGGGCCCAGCUUUCAGAGAACGGGAUAUAAAGAAAGCCAUGAUGGCUACUAUAUCAGACCGAGAUCAGUUGAUUUGA